AACUUUUGGAAAUUCUGAGCUUCUUCGUGGAGAAACGUUCACCACUUCUGACAGGGUAAGUUUGUGGCUGCAGGGAUCUCCUGAAGCUGAGCCAGGACAGCACUGAGGUGACUGUAAGGAUGGCUCUGCUGCCCUUGCUGCUUUGGGGGAGGAUGUGCUCCAGAGCGGGGCUGCCCUGGGCACCGUCAGAGGGACAGGGCAGGACGGCUCCUGCUGCCAGGGACGGCUGCAGGGGCUGAAGCUGGGGCUGCAGCCAGGGCUGCCCAGGGCUGUGGUGCAGAGCAGGUGCUGCAGCCCUGAGGGCUCUUGGCCAGCCCAGGGCAUCUGCCACCUGCCAGGGGCAGCUCUCAGCCUGCCUGGGAGCUCCCAUGGACUGUGGGGAGAAGUUGGAGGUGGAAGGAGCCACCCCCAUCAGGGCAGAUUCCUGCUGCUGUGGAGAUGGUGCUGCAUGGCCAGGGCUGCUCUCAGCUUUCUCAGGAAGGAAAGGGAAAGGGGCUGUCAGGGUUGUCUGUGUCACUGACACUCCUGCACUGUCACCCUGGGGAUCAGCAGAUGUGCCCGAGAUCUCCCUCAGAAAGUGCCUCCUCACCCUCCUCUAGCUACAGACAGCAGCAGCAGCACCUUGGCUUGCAGCAUCUGUGUUUGUGUGAGCUGCCCUUAAGGCCCUGGUGCCAGGGAGAUGCCCCUGGGCAGUGCCCUGUGCUGGGAGGGGUGUGCAGGGCAGAGCUGAGCCCCCAGGGCUGGGCUGGGCUCUGGGAGCAGUGGCAGGGACAAGCCCUGGAAAGAGAGAAAGUCUCUUCUCUCCCAGUAGGCACAGCUGCAGGUAGCAAAAAGGCAGACCAGUUCUGGAUAUACUUUCCUGUGCAGCAAUCCAAAAAUAAAAUAAAAUAAAUCUAAAAAAAUAAUAAAAUAAAAUAAAAUAAAAUAAAAUAAAAUAAAAUAAAAUAAAAUAAAAUAAAAUAAAAUAAAAUAAAAUAAAAUAAAAUAAAAUAAAAUAAAAUAAAAUACAAUAAAACCAACAAAAACAGAGAGAGAGAGAGAGACAGAGAGUGAGAAGAGUUUAGGAAAAUUUACUUUGAAAUUGGAGCUUUCAGAAAGUCCACAUUUUCCAAGCACGUUUUAAGUGCUACUACCCUGAAAUAAAGAGAGUUGUAAUGAAUAAAGGGAACAUCUGUGGGACCAGGAUUUCUGACUGCACUGAGGCACAGGGAGCCCUGUUUUCUCUCUGGACUCCCCAAUGUUCAGGGUGAGUUCAGUGCUGAAGAUGAGGCAGGAACUCAGCAGCACAAACCCAACAUCCCAAACUCAAAAAAGUUUAGAAAUAUUCCCUCUCAAAAAGUGAUUUUGAUGGGAAUCGAAAUACAGUAUAUAGGAUUGACUCAAGGAAAUCAGUCCCAGCUUGUCAAUGUCUUCUUUCAACAGUCCACGAUGACCAGAGUGAAGCAAUGUCCAACAGCAGCUCCAUCAGCCACUUCCUCCUGCUGCCAUUGGCACACACGCGGCAGCUGCAGCUCCUGCACUUCUGCCUCUUCCUGGCCAUCUCCCUGGCCGCCCUCCUGGCCAACGGCCUCAUCAUCAGCGCCGUAGCCUGCGGCCACCUCCUGCACAGCCCCAUGUUCUUCUUCCUGCUCAACCUGGCCCUCAGCGACCUGGGCUCCAUCUGCACCACUGUCCCCAAGGCCAUGCACAAUUCCCUCUGGGACACCAGCAACAUCUCCUAUGAAGGAUGUGCUGCACAGGUCUUUCUGAUUUUCUUCUUCCUUGGGUCAGAGUUUUCCCUCCUGACCGUGAUGUGCUACGACCGCUACGUGUCCAUCUGCAAACCCCUGCACUACGGGACCCUCCUGGGCAGCAGAGCUUGUGCCCACAUGGCAGCAGCUGCCUGGGCCACUGGCUUUCUCACUGCUCUGCUGCUCACAGCCAAUACAUUUUCCCUGCCCCUGUGCCAUGGCAAUGCCCUGGGCCAGUUCUUCUGUGAAAUCCCACACAUCCUCAAGCUCUCCUGCUCCAAAUCCUACCUCAGGGAACUUGGGCUCAUUGCUCUUACUGUCUGUUUAGAUUUUGGCUGUUUUGUGUUCAUUGUUUUCUCCUAUGUGCAGAUCUUCAGGGCUGUGCUGAGGAUUCCCUCUGAGCAGGGAAGGCACAAAGCCUUUUCCACCUGCCUCCCUCACCUGGCCGUGGUCUUGCUGUUUAUCAGCACUGGGUUUUUUGCCUACCUGAAGCCCCCCUCCAUCUCCUCCCCAUCCCUGGAUCUGUCAGUGUCAGUUCUGUACUCGGUGGUGCCUCCAGCCCUGAACCCCCUCAUCUACAGCCUGAGGAACCAGGAGCUCAAGGCUGCAGUGUGGACACUGAUCACUGGACGAUUUCAGAAACAUUAAACUGCUGGCCAGUUUCUGCAAUCUGUUGCAAUAAAAUACA